CGGUGAUUGGCCAAGUCUUGCAUUUUACAUGUUCGUAUUUUUGUUUCUGUGUCAAAAAUCGCUAGCUUGCUAAAUACUGAGGCGUUUUAGUUAUCAGUGGUUUGAAAACCGGUAUUACAAGAGACGCAGUUUAUUUUUUAUUUCGUAUUUAACUGUUUAACAGACCUUGCUGUGCUCGAUAGUAAACUUCUCGCGUCGAGAAACUAGCAAAGCCAAUAGUGAAGUGAGCGUUAGCCAACUAGCUAGCCGAUGUUCUCGUUUAGCUAGCCGAGCAGACUCUCAUCGGUCGAGUUUGGUGCGUUUUCAAACCAAACAAGGCUUCUUUUUUUAUUUUUUAAAGUCAUUAUUUACCGGGUUGUCUUUAGUUGACGGUAUGUCGGACCCUGUCGCUGUCCUGGAUCGGAAUUAGCUCUAGUCGAAGUUAAUAUACAGCUAACUAACUUUAGCAUCAAACCCUACCGACCGGUGAGCCUCGGAACAAGCUGCUGUUUAGACUGGAUUCAGCGUCACUGUUUUAAUUACAGUCGAUAUGAACUCGAACGUGGAGAACUUGCCUCCCCAAGUUUUGAGACUGGUAUAUAAAGAAGUGUCUGCACUGGCAGCAGACCCACCAGAGGGAAUCAAAAUUUACCCCAGUGAGGAAGACAUCACAGAACUUCACACCGCCAUCGAAGGGCCAGAAGGGACCCCAUAUGCAGGAGGAGUGUUCAGAAUGCGCUUGGUCUUGGGGAAGGAUUUUCCUGCAGUACCACCCCGGGGCUAUUUCCUGACCAAGAUUUUUCAUCCGAAUGUCGGACACAAGGGUGAGAUCUGUGUCAACGUACUGAAGAGAGACUGGAAGGCAGAGCUUGGCCUCAGGCACGUAUUACUGACCAUUAAAUGCUUACUGAUCCAUCCAAAUCCAGAGUCAGCUCUAAAUGAAGAGGCCGGGAGGUUACUGUUGGAGGACUAUGCAGAAUAUGCCUCACGUGCCCACUUGCUGACAGAGAUCCACGCUAUGGGAGGAAGCUCGGGAGCGCCAGAGCCUGGUGAUGGACCACAGCCCAAGAAACAUGCAGGAGAUCCAAGCAAACGUGCAAUUACAGCCAGUGCUGCAAAUACAGUUACUCCAGCCAAUGGCACAAAUACUAGCAGUGCUAGUGGUACAAGCAGUAGUAACAAUGCUGGAGUUGCUAAAAAGAAAACUGACAAAAAACGAGCUUUGAGGCGACUAUAAUAGUGAAGAAUCCUUUUUUUCUUUUUUUGUCAAUAUAAAUAUUGAAUUGAGACCAUAUUUUCCACCUUUUUAUGAUUUCUGUUCUAGAAAAUAAUCUUUUUACUGGUUUUCUGAUCAAUACAUGAAUUCCUUUCAUCAUGGUUUGUUUCAUUCAAACUCUCAGGAUUCUGACUUUCAUGACUACCGUGUAGAUGGAAAACUAAACACAUGGAAAGUUUCAAUCAAGCAUGUAUUUAUGUCCCCUGAAAAAUGUCAUAAAUAACCAUCACCAUAUCAGUAUUUUUCCUCUUGUAUUUCAGUGGCUGUUAAACACCGGUCAACAUAGUAAGGCUGUUCUUUUUAAAAAGCGACACCAGGGCAUCGAGAUAUCAACCAACCAUUCUGAUUUGGCCAAUGUUUGAGGUAGAAAGGAGCCAGUAUGGCAUGCAUAGGGCACUUUGUAGAAAACCAGCGCUUGUUGAUCAUGCAUGAGAAUGCUGUGUGAAUAAAAUUGCUGAUUUCACAGUUUGCUUUUUGCGAAGUGGAAAUGGGGCUCCUUGUUUAAUUUUCAGUCACGCAAAACAUCCCGACACGCUCCAUGGAUUUUAAUUAAACAUGAAUAAGAUCUGAAGAUGUGAUGCGUCGCCAGGUGUUUCACAGGCACACCUAGAUGGUGAGGAAGCUGAUGGUUUAUGAAGUGAUCUAAUGAAGUCAAUCUUGAUUUCACUUGGAUAGCAUGUGAGGACGGUCCACAGUCCGCCUGUCUAGAAGCUGAGUGAUUUUUGUACUAGAUUUGGCUGUUUAAAUUGAACGGUUUACAGGUGACUCAAGGGUUUCAUCCCAUUCGAGACUAAUCUAACUGGUAAAUUCAGAAAGUAGACAAAGUGCAGCUUCAUACUUUCACAAUAUUCUACAGCUGUGUAGUGUGUUUAGAGUAAGAAGUUUAAAAAAAAAAGCAUAGAAUGGGUUAAAUGUGGUCUGAAUAUAACUUUAUAAUGUGCUUGGGUUUUUUCUUUCUUUUUUUUUUUUCUUCUGUCAUGUCUGUGAUUUGUGUUUUCCGUCGGACACAUUUUCCAGUUAAACAAUGUGCGUGUUGACAGUUUUUUGCUUCUGGGUUUUUGUCAGAGAUCUUGUCCAUGAACCUGAAGGGAUGAAUCUUGAAGGUCUUACAAAUUAUUUUUUAUAUCUAGAAUGAGAUGGUCCCUUUUCAAUUCAAGAAGCAUUUGUGCUGUUGAGCAAUCAUUGUACUUUUAUUUUUAAUCCAAUAAAGUGACUCGUUUUUAAAA